CUGCAUAUCAACAUCAAGCUUCCAUGAAAGGACUGAACUGCUUAUCCUUUCUCGGGUCGAAGGUUGAGGUUCCACCUACCAGGAUGACCUCUCCUGCUCCAACUCUCUUGACACUCCCCCAAGAGAUCCUCCUUCAAAUCUGUGAAUACUCCUUGCCUACCACCAUCUCAGUUGGCAAAAAUAUUUGUCGGCAUGCAGGCCAAAUGCAUAGACCGCACCGCAUCCAUAAAGCUCCUUUCACGUCGCAGAUGCCAACACUAUAUACUUGCCGCCUCCUGAGUCAACUUACCUCAAGCGUGCUUUACACAGUCCCAGCCUAUCAUCUUCACGUCGCAAGCCCGAGUAUCAGAUGGCAAUCUCGGGAUCGCCAUUGGCAGGAUGUUCUUUUGAACUCUCAUGGAGGAGAGUUGCGCAAAGUCAUGCUGUUCAUUGAGCUUCACAGAGGUAUUCUAUGUUGCAAUGAGCAUUGUCCUGAGCCGGGCAACUUCUCACGAGAAAGGUGUAUUCCAAGGCAUCGAAUCACGCAGGGUGGGGCAAUCUACCUGUGUGUCAAUCAACUCAGAGAGAUGGUUACCCUUCUCCUCAACUCUCGAAAAAUGAAGAUUGAAGAAUUGGUCGUGGGUUGGUCUAUGAGCCCAUGGAUAUCAGGCCAUCAUCAGAACCUUGCAAGGACUGUGCUGGAACCCCUUUCUGUACUGCGUGGAUGGGUCACAAACGUUUCUCUGGGACUUCCGGGUUGGGAAAGCGCAGAUUGGGUGUAUGAUAUCGUGAGUGAUUUGGUCUUGAAAGAAACGGAGUGAUGUGGGUCUCUGUUCUCCUUUUGAUAUUCUUGUUCUUCUUUUCAAAAAGGAAUCUUCAAGUUCUCAUUGACGCGAGCUGUGUUUUGGGGAGUGGCAAUGAAUUUGAAAGAUGAAAGUGGAUUGCAAAGAUGGAGAUACGCCUGGGAGGCCUCAUCCUCCAUGUUCACCAUGAAGCUACGUCCAAAAUUGCCAAAUAUUACUCUACAUCACAUUACUUAUAAUUUACUUGGCUUCGAGGUCAACCUUGAGCAGAAUUACAAAUUAUUC